AUGAACUCAACGACGACCCGGCCUCUCAUCUCCUCGUGGUCCCCCACUCCGAUCCCGAACCUCACCCUUUCGGCCGGCGGUCUCCUUGCCCUCGCCGAUCUCAACACCAUCGCUCAGCGCACAGUCAUCGCCGGUGGUUCGUCCUGGCUCGACGCUCUGGUGCUCGCCCCCGGCUUGCACUAUCAACAGGCUGCCGAUGCCCUCUUCGACCAGAGGCGGCCCUCCUCGGGCUCCGACGGAGGCAGUGAUGGCGACUCUGCUGUCGAAGGCGAUACUCAGACGCGCUUCCCCGUCUCCAACAGAGCCAUGGUCAACUAUCUUCGCAGGCUAUGGCAAGAGGUCAACGAGACUGGGACCCUAACUCUCGACGUGGGCAUGCUCAAGGAGAAGACAGGCAGGGAAGAGAUCCAGCGGCUACGCCAGGCUUUUGGCAGCUGGUGGCGUCGACGGCCGAAGCAGCCUGCACAUGAGCAAGCCGAGGCACUGAAUGCUACAGAUGUUGUCCAGCAGAUCAGCGAGGUGGACUGGCUGAGCCACCUCUUCUACCUCGCAAGCCCACUCCUUACUGUCGCCUCCCUAACCUUUAUGAUACUUCUCGCCGACUGGUGGGGCCUGGCAUUCAUCCUCGCCCUCAUGAUCUCUCGCAUCCUCAACAUCUGGUCCAUCAAGCAACGCUCUCGUCCCUCGCCGCCUCCGUCUCGAUCACAACCGCUUCCACCCUCACUAGCCGUCUCAGAGUCUGCGCCCCCGGCACUACCAGACAGGCGAACCUCAUACGCCAUUGAGCUUGGAGGUGGCCGUCGUGCCGUCUUGCGCGGCAUGGACUCGGACCUCCGAGCGCUCACGACCCAGACGUGGCUGCGCGACAAGUCCACCCUCGACGGCUACCUCGAGGCCGCCGCCAAGCUGCUCGUCUACCUCGUCGCGGCCUUCAGUGGGAACCUGAGCCAAGCUGGCGCCAUUGUACUCAUGUCGCUGCUCCUGGUCAGUGCUGGCCUGUUGGGCCUGAGCAACGCGCACGCGAGAGAGCUGCGAAUGAAUGGACGCGUGGCAAGGCUGAGCAUUGAGCGCGCGUUGAUGGAUCGCAGAAAAAGGGGCUUGCAUCAGCAAGGAAACGGGACGGCACUGCCGGCGUAG